UAUGACAUCACAGGCCUUUCUUCCUCCACCCUUCCUGCCUAUGCUAUGGCUGGAUGAACACAGAUGUGAGGGGAUUUGAACCAUCUACAAUCAAUCCAUAUGUGACCAAUGGAGGAGAAGCAGCCCAAAAAGACGAAGGAACCCUCAAAAGAAGAUGAGCCUCAGCAGAAGGAGACGCCAACCCAUUUGUCCUUAGGAGCAGAGUCAAAGGCAGAGCAAGGCAAUGUACUUCUAUAGAAGGGUGCGCCCUUACAGAUGGAGCAAUGCUCUUUCUCUUUAAACUUCUUUAACAUGUCUUGGCUUAGAUGUUCUGCUUGAUUUUCCAAAAGAAGAAGCUUCUCUGGAUAAGGUGGAGAAUAGUUAAGGGAGGUUUUACAAGGCAAUGCACUUCUAUAGAAGGAUGCGCCCUUUCAGAUGGAGCAAUGGCUAAAACUCCAGUUCUGGUUGAGACACAGACAGUAGACAAUGCCAAUGAGAAAUCAGAAAAACCCCCAGAAAACCAAAAGAAGCUCUCUGACAAAGAUACGGUAGCCACCAAGAUCCAGGCCUGGUGGCGGGGCACCCUGGUGCGUCGGGCACUGUUGCACGCAGCCCUCAGUGCCUGCAUCAUUCAGUGCUGGUGGCGGCUGAUACUGUCCAAGAUUCUGAAGAAGAGGCGGCGGGCAGCGCUAGAGGCCUUCUCCCGGAAGGAGUGGGCAGCAGUCACACUGCAGUCCCAGGCCCGCAUGUGGCGCAUCCGCAGGCGCUAUUGCCAGGUGCUCAAUGCUGUUCGCAUCAUCCAGGCUUACUGGAGGUGCCGCUCCUGUGCUUCCCGGGGGUUCAUCAAGGGCCAGUACAGAGUCACAGCCAACCAGCUGCAUCUCCAGCUGGAGAUCUUGCUGGACUCAGGUCCUUGCGUUGUGACAGAGUGUAUUCCCUUCUCAAUAAAGGAAUGAAGUGGUCUUUUCCA